AUGGCGUCGGCAGCCGCCAAGGCUGUAUGGGGUGAGAGCAAACAAAGUGGUGAAGAGCCCAUCUCCGGCCACACCGGCGACCCCUCUAAGGGAGAACCGUACGACGCCGGCAACAUCGAGGACCCCAAAGCCCAAGCCGCGAAACUAGAAACAGCCAACGGCGCAACCGACUCCUCAGCCGCUCACUUCUCCAAAGAAACCGGCACUGCCGCCGAAGCAGCCGACACCCCAGCCAACCCAUCCACAGACCUCAAAGCCAAGAGCGGGCCCAAAGACUCAUCUAAGAGCCAAGCCGACACACGGGACCCGUCGAACCCACAGACGAACCCCAAGGCCGCACCGACCGAUGUGGACGACGCGGAAGACGGCCCGAACGAGGCGCAGAAGCUCGAGGGGCCGGGUCCGAAGCCCUUGGAGGAAGUGGCGCGUCAGCAUGGAGGGAACGCGGGGGUUUCGGAUGAGAGUGUGGGGAAGACUGCGGGCGGGGAAGGGGAGGAGGAGGAGGAAGAUGGACCGAAUGCGAAGAGUAAGGGUGAGGGCACUGGGGAGCAGUAUGUUAAGAGUAGUGGGUUGAAGGCUGAUGGGGGAGACUUCGAUGCGACGAAGCCUGGGGCUGGGAAAGAGGCUGACCGUCUGAUGGAUGAGAAGGGUAUGCAUGUCGCUAAUGGCAACGACGCCGACGCGGCGGGACAUAGUGAAGGGCAUGGCGAUAAGAAGGAGAAGAAGAGUAUUGGCCAGAAGAUCAAGGACAAAUUGCACCGCCACUGA